AGUUGCAGACAGAGUCUUUUUGAUGAGUUGCGAAAGAAUUCACAGAUCCAAAAAGCUGCUGAGGAGCCCAGAGUACUGUGUAUAAUCCAGGACAUUACCUGUGCCAAGACUGUCAACGAGAGGUUGACUUUCAACCUACCUGCAUCCACAACCCUCUCCAAACUCUAUGAAGAUGUUGCCCAUAAAGCAGGAUAUGUCAACGGAUCCUUUGAACUCGCCUGGGGAAACACACAAGAGAUGACACCCCUCGAGCACAGCGGAGAGGUGUCACUUCUGGAUUCUGGGUUUCAGCCUGGUGGUAAGAGGAAUUUCCUCCAGAUAACGGACAAAGAUGGAGAACAGCCACAUGUUGCUUCGGAAGAAUCAAGAGCAGCGGAUAGCAGCGGACUGGAUGAUAGCUCCCAGGAGAGAUUCAUUGGGCCCCUGCCCCGAGACAGUACCAUUGGCUGCAGUGGUGACUGCAGUAGCCCCUCUUACUCUUAUACCUCCAUCCUCAACAAAUCUGAGACAGGUUAUGUGGGUUUGGUUAACCAAGCGAUGACCUGCUAUUUGAACAGUCUCUUACAAACCCUGUUCAUGACCCCGGAGUUCAGAAACGCGCUGUACAAAUGGGAGUUUGAAGAAUCUGAAGAGGACCCAGUCACAAGCAUUCCCUACCAGCUGCAAAGACUGUUUGUUCUUCUCCAGACCAGCAAGAAACGUGCCAUAGAGACCACCGAUGUGACGAGGAGCUUUGGAUGGGACAGCAGUGAAGCUUGGCAGCAACAUGACGUACAAGAACUUUGCAGGGUCAUGUUUGAUGCCUUGGAGCAAAAGUGGAAGCAGACGGAACAGGCUGACUUGAUCAACCAGCUGUACCAAGGGAAGCUUAAGGAUUACGUUCGCUGUCUGGAGUGUGGCUACGAGAGCUGGAGGAUUGAUACGUACCUGGAUAUCCCUCUUGUAAUAAGACCUUUUGGGGCCAGCCAAGCCUAUGGCAGUGUGGAGGAAGCUUUGCAGGCAUUUAUCCAGCCCGAAACUCUAGAUGGGCCCAACCAGUACUUCUGCGAACGCUGCAGAAAGAAAUGUGAUGCCCGGAAGGGUUUGAGGUUUCUGCAUUUCCCUUACCUGCUGACGCUGCAGCUGAAGCGAUUUGAUUUUGACUACACCACUAUGCAUCGCAUCAAGCUCAAUGACAGCAUGACUUUUCCUGACGAACUUGAUAUGAGUCCAUUCAUAGACGUGGAGGAUGAGAAGUCCCCUCAGACAGAAAGCUGCACUGACAGUGGAGCUGAGAAUGAAGGCAGUUGCCACAGUGACCAGAUGAGCAAUGAUUUCUCGACUGAUGAUUGUGUGGAUGAGGGGAUUUGCCUGGACAGCACUGGCAGCGCAGAAAGGGUCUUGAAGCCAAAGGUGAAAUAUAAGAACUAGAUCUUUGAGCUGUUUUCCGUUAUGGUCCAUUCCGGAAGUGCUGCGGGUGGCCAUUACUACGCCUGCAUUAGGUCCUUCUCUGAUGGACAGUGGUACAGUUUCAAUGACCAGCAUGUUAGCAAGAUCACCCAAGAAGACAUAAGAAAGACUUAUGGGGGAUCCUCAGGCAGCCGAGGAUAUUAUUCCAGUGCCUUUGCAAGCUCUACAAAUGCGUAUAUGCUGAUUUACAGAUUGAAAGAUCCCUCAAGAAAUGCAAAGUAUUUAGCUGUGGAUGACUUCCCAGAGCACAUAAAGAGUUUGGUUGAGAGGGAGAAAGAGUCUGAAGAACAAGAGAAGAGACAAAGAGAGAUCGAGCGAAACACUUGCAAGAUCAAGCUUUUCUGCAUGCAUCCUUCGAAGAUGAUGGUGGAAAGCAAGCUUGAAGUACAUAAGGAUAAAACACUUAUGGAGGCAACCGAAAUGGCCUACAAGCUGAUGGAGCUGGAGGAGAUGGUCCCCUUGAACUGUUGUCGUCUUGUGAAGUAUGAUGAGUUCCACGAGUACCUGGAACGCUCCUACGAGGGCGAGGAAGAGACACCCAUGGGCCUUCUGCUUGGAGGUGUCAAGUCCUCGUACAUGUUCGACUUGUUGCUGGAGACCCGGCGGCCAGAGCAAGUGUUCCUGCCUUACAAACCUGGAGAGGUUAUGGUGAAGGUUCAUGUUGUGGAUCUGAGAACUGAAAUCAUCGCCCCUCCUAUCAGUGUUCGGGCUUAUCUGAACCAGACCAUCACUGAAUUCAAGCAACUUAUUGCACAGGCUACAGGACUAUCUGCAGAAACAAUGCGCGUGGUUCUGGAGCGCUGCUACAAUGACCUGCGCCUACUCUAUGUCCCAAACAAGACACUGAAAGCGGAAGGUUUCUUCAGGAGCAACAAGAUUUUUGUGGAGAGUUCAGAAUCAACUGAUCAUCAGGUCACUUUCACCGACUCGCUGCUGUGGAAGCUGUUAGAUCGCCACGGGAAUACUAUACGACUACUGGUCUUGCUUCCUGAACAGUCCCCUGGCACUUUGGCCAGUAGAACUAUUGGCCAAAAGGUUGGCAGUGACUCAGAUGUGCCCUUUGAAGGAUCAAAAGGCAACAGGAAAUCAGUGGAGGCUAUCCUUGAGGAGAGCACAGAAAAGUUAAAGAACCUGUCUCUGCAGCAGCAGCAGCAGCAAGGUUCUAGUACCAGCGACAGCCAGAAAAGCUCAGACGCCAGUGACUUUGAACAUAUUGAAUCCCCGAGCCAAGAGGCGGACUCAAAUUCAGCCUGCGUGGCCGCGGACAACAGAGAACUCGAGAACCGAAUUGGGGGCACAACCGGUUCCAAGGGCAGUGCUUCAUCUGAGCCAGAAAACCACUUUGGUUGUGAGGAGCGCUCAGACUCUGAGGUAAACAAUGACCGCAGCACCAGCUCGGUGGACAGCGACAUCCUGAGCUCAAGUCACAGCAGUGACACGCUGUGCAAUGCGGACAGCGGUCCCAUCCAGCUGGCCAAUGGUUUGGACUCGCACAGCAUCACUAGUAGCCGUCGCUCUAAAGCCCAUGAGGGCAAGAAAGAGACCUGGGACACUGCAGAGGAAGACUCUGGGACGGACAGCGAGUAUGACGAGAACGGGAAGGCAAAAUCGGAAGCCCAGUACUUAUACUUCAGGACAGAACCUUGUUCCCAGGAUGAUUCUGCCUGCCAGUCACAAAAAUGUUUAUUGAUUCAUGUGGACAAGAGGAUAACACUGGCAGCAUUCAAACACAAUCUGGAGCCUUAUGUCGGCGUCAGCUCAGCUCAGUUCAAAGUGUUUCGGGUUUAUGCCAACAACCAGGAGUUUGAGAGCAUACGGCUCAACGAAACUUUGUCGUCAUUCUCUGAUGACAACAAGAUAACCAUUCGGCUUGGGAGAGCCCUGAAAAAGGGUGAAUACCGAGUGAAAGUGUAUCAACUUCUAGUAAAUGAACAAGAGCCCUGCAAGUUUCUCGUAGACACAGUGUUUGCCAAGGGCAUGACUGUCAGACAGUCUAAAGAAGAACUGCUUCCUCUGUUGAAAGAACAGUGCAAGCUUGACCUCAGCAUAGACCGGGUGCGUCUCAGGAAAAAAACAUGGAAGAAUCCAGGCACAGUAUUUCUGGACUACCAUGUUUAUGAGGAAGACAUCAGCAUCUCCUCCAACUGGGAGGUUUUCCUAGAAAUCCUCAGUGAUCAUGAGAAGAUGAAGUCGAUGUCACAGCUGGCUGUUCUGACCCGGAGGUGGAAUGCAUCCUCGAUGACGCUAGGUUCCUUUCAGGAAGUGAUUUUGGAGAGCAGCAAUGUUGAUGAACUCAAGGAAAAGCUAAGUGAAAUGAGUGAUAUCCCUCUUGAAAAGCUGGAGUUUGCUAAGGGCCGGGGAACAUUUCCUUGUGACAUUUCUGUGCUGGAGAUCCAUCAAGAUUUGGACUGGAACCCCAAAGUGUCAGCAUUGAACAUGUGGCCUCUAUACAUCUGUGAUGAUGGGGCUGUGGUUUUCUACAGGGACAGCACUGAGGAACUGAUGGAGCUUUCAGAAGAUGAGCGCAAUGAACUCAUGAAAAAGGAAAGCAGUCGCCUCCUUAAGACUGGACAUCGAGUCAGCUACUCACCGCGGAAAGAAAAGGCCCUCAAGAUCUAUCUGGACGGCGGUCCAGCCAAGGAUCCAGGGCAGGACUGA